CGGUCGCGGAAAUGUCGCGGAAAUUGCGCAUAGAAAGUCGACAAAUAUAGGGAGAGACACUAACAAGCUAACAGAAGCUGUGACUGGCAUAUGGUCACCAAACGUGCUGGUAUAAUCGACGUUAUCGCAUGGAAAAUUUCAUUAACUGUGAAAUGAGAGACGUCCACUCAUUUUUCUCCCAUAUUGCUGGGAAACAUACUUAAAACAUGUGUUUGAUAGAUAAAAAGGAAAAUAUUUGUUUUUCGAAAUACCUUACGAUUUGAAAAAUUAAUGAGUCCCUAAUUAUAUAAUAUUUUUCGGUCUCCCCACCAAAAAAUUCGACGAAUCGAUUAAUUCAAGUUACGUCGCCUUGACGCAAUCACGUAUUCUUUCAUAAUCCGGGCCGAAAUAUAGUCUGAGGGUCGCGCAGAAAAUCGAUCUGCUCAUUGUCAGUAGUACAAGAAUUCACGUAGGAUAGCAAUCCCCCGAGUAAUUUUCCAUUUUUUUUUCCCCCGAGCCGUGGAGAAUUUUUUUUUAUUUUGCCAUGAUUGUUCAUCAUUCCUCGACACAAUAGGAGAAGUGCUUCCUGAAAAUCACGGGUAUGGAGAGGCUGUUUGUCAUCGUCUGUGCACUUGGAGUUAUCUCCGUUGGAUCAGAAAAGAGUGAACAGUCUGUUGAUCUGAAGGAUUACAAUCAGAAUUACAUUAAUUGGCAUUAUGUGCAGCGCGAGAAGGACAACCGGAUUGAUGAACUUCCAGUAAAUAGGGCUUAUGAUCGUCAAACCGAGCAAGAAGCUGAAUACGAAAUUUACAGGCUGUUAUCCAAUACAGGAGGCCCAGUGGAUAUGGUAAAAUUGAACGCCCUGGGUGAUCGUUUGAUAUCCCAAGCGGACGUGACAGAGGAAGCCCGGAGAGUAGUGAGGCAGGUGAAGAAGCAGCAGCCUGGCUUUUUCUGGAGCCUCUUUCGGAUCGCCUUUGAGAGUGUCGGUGACACAGUAUCCACUGUACAGGAGAUCAUUAAAGUUAUCAAUAAGGCUAUCAAUCCACCGCCGACGACAACGGUAAAGGCCCCUUCAUCUGUUGGAUCUACAAAUAAAACUACCACGAGCAGUCCACCACCAUUCAUGCUCACUGCAGAGGGCAUCGCCACAACCAUUAGGAGAAAUCUUAAAGGGCUCAUAAGACUUUUUAAUAUUGAGUGGAAAGACGCUAUCGAUGGCUCAAAAGUCAGCAUUCAUGAACUCAAGAAGGACUUGGGGAAGAGUAUAGCCUCAUCCCUUACAGACAAUCCCAACGCUUACUAAUCACAAUAACAAAAAACUAUUUUCCUUGCACGAUAAAUUCUGUUAAUGUUCAGCAAUAUAAAUAUGCAAUUUGUAUAUAAUUAUGUGAAUUAUCCAUGUCAUUAUGUAUAACAUCAAUUGUAAUUUGAAGGAGAAUGAGAUGAAUACAUAUUAUGGUAUUGCGUAUUUUUAUAUAUGAA